AUGCCCCAUGCCAGUUUUGACUGUUUGCACACUGCUCUGCUUAUUGCUGUUGUGCUCGGUCUUUUCAGUCUCCUCGUUGCUCUUUGUCAGAGGUACGCAUGCCUGGACCAGGUCUUCUGUCGUGUUCCAAAGGCUGCUUCUCCUUCUGACCGACUCCUCUCUGAGCCGACCUGCAGCAACAGUCAGGCCCAAAGGCACUUGGGUCACCUUCGAGCGCUUGUCGGCCAGCUUGGUGGCCGAUGGCUUCAUGAGGAACGGACUGGCCUAUACGCAGCAUGGCCUCUAGGUACUGAAGUCGAUACAGCCUCAGAUACAGGCGAAGAAGCUGUUCUGGAGCUCCACUGUCUGAUUUACAAAGUCGGAUACACUCCGGAAGUGGUCACUGUUGCCCUUUGUCUUCCUGCAACUAGCGCGGAGUUGGAACAGGUGAUUGAGGCUGCCAGGUGCCCACACAUGCAGCGUUUACACCCGCUCCUUCUGCCAGUACUGCCCCAACCUUUUGAGGGGUUCGCGGCCUUUCUGGCUAGCCCUCAAUGGGCCGCAGGUCUCCAAGGAUGUUGCAUCAACGCCACCGCUGUGGAUGGCCGGAUUUUUGCGCUUCAUCUGCCUGAUUAUGUCAUGAGGCACGACCUCAUUGCAGCAGCCAAUUUCACGGACUGGGCAACAACCGAUCUAGAAGUGCGAGUUGGUACUGUCAAUGAUCCCAUACCAGAUGGCUAUCCUGUCCAUCUUUUCCCCGGAGCCCUGAUCCGUUUCACGCCUAAAGAUCAGUACGUUCCCGAGCCUCUCAUUUUGUCACGGCAACUGUUGAUGCCCAACGCGUGGGUGCUGCUGCAUCCUGUUCCCGCCAACCCAGCUUUCGACACCUGUUGUGUCGUCACAGGCGGCAUGGCACGCCUACAUUUUGUCACCAAUGAACAUCCAUUGUGGUAUCGCCAGGAUCUUGCCCUGACAGCGCGUGUAGAAGUCGAAUACAUGCGUAUACAGGCUGCCAGACCACAUCUCACCGAUGUUGUUCAUGAAGGAUACCCAUGUAGGACCGUGCUUGCAGUUGAGGGAGAUGUUUCUGAUGUCGGGCUGGUUUGGCAUAGCUGUUUUCUUGACUGCCGGCCCAUACAACAGGGAUGGAAAUCUGUCAAAGCACGAGAUGGAAUACUUCCUUUUGAGCACCUUCGUGACAUCUUCGAAGCACCCUUGGGUUGGCAGGUUUGCCUGGACGGACAGGCUUUAGGCAAUGAUCAGAUUCACGUUGCUCCCGGACAAAUUCUAGUGGUUACGUUUGCCCUAGCUAGUGGGUCCUCAGCCCCCCACGACGACUUGACUGCAGAUCAGACCGUGGCUGCCGCAGGAGAUGUUUCGGCCAAUGCACAUGGCCUUUCUUCGCCGGAGCCCCGCGCAGAACGGCCGAGGGCGACGCCUCUUGAGGACGUUUCCAGACAGUCCCGCCCAAGUCAGCCAGCGCUUGUCCCAUUUAUCCUCUUCUCUGAAGAGUACUGGCCAGAACUUGUCAUACCCACACUGCGGCUUCCCACCAGGAUCGGGGAAGCCUUUGCUUCUGUUGCGCAGCUCCGACAGGGGGAUGCGCACCGGAGGCGUCCCCGUUUGGUCGCGGUCUUUCCACAACCACGUGCCCGCCAGAUUUCUGCUCUUGCCCUUCCACAUUGGCCUUAUACAGGUGUUGCGGUUCUAAUUGAUAAGCGAAUUGCGCCCAUCAGCACUUUCGCGAUUGUUCUCCCGCACCGUCUUACACGGGAUGCUAUCCUUGUUGCUGCAGGUGUCGCGGAGGGUACGGAGUGCUGUGUGUACCUCAAGGACGUCCCUUGGCCUAUCACGGACGAUGUGCAGGUCUUUCCCGACGAAGGGGAUCUGAUUCUUGUUUGCGAUGAUAUCGACCGAGGAGAUAGGAUGCCAGAGGCUGAUGAGAUGCUUGGUGAUGGGCGCGAAUGGGAUGUGACACCUCAUCUUCCAGGGGACGAUAAUCGUCGCGUUUGGACACUCUCAGACGGCACUCAUGCAGCUGUUCCGCUGGACAGCGAUGAUUUUGCCACUGACAGCGCAACCACCGCUGGCGCUCUUGAUCUUCCCCCUGGCCAAUUUGUGCUGAUUCAGAUCACUCCCGAGAUCUAUGAUCACGCUAGAAAAGGCAUACGUACACAUGGUGUCCUUAUUGCCUGUAUGUUGGCUGAUUUCCCGCUCGAAGGACCACGACAUAAAACUCCUUUUGUCUUGGACCUCCGACCGCUGCUAUUGCCGAUUUCGUGGUCAUAUGCAACAAAUGGUCAGGUUGAUGUGACAGACCUAGCCAACAGGCUCUGUAGCCGAUGCCCUGCCGGAUACCACCUCAGGCUCUAUGGUGGACGAGCGGACAGUGACCGUGGAAACCACCUUCGUUCCCUUGAUGCAGGGGAAGUUCUCACGGCAGAGUUCCAUCCCAACUAUAUCCGUGAUGUGGUGACCGAGCUCAAUCCGGACACCUAUAUGCAUCCUGCCCCACAUUCCACAGGGGGGUAUCACACUGGCCUUCCCAGAAGUGGUGCUGAUACAUCUUCAGCUUCCUCUUCGGGCGAUGCUGGAACUGGCGGCACCCGCCGCGGGCCUGCCGAGCCUUCAGCCCGCCAUACCACAAAUAGCACAUACGCCCAGUCAUGCGCUUUCCUUACCCCACAUGCCGUGACUGCUUUGUUGCAUACCAGACACGAUGGGAGUCGAGUAGUCAUGUGGCCUUCCGUUUCUGAUCGCGACGCCUUAGCUGAAGGUACGCGGAAGGCAACCCCUGUCCUCCUCCCACAAGCUUGCCUAUGCACACGAACGGGCACCAAGGCGUGUUGCCGACCCAACGCACAUUUGGCGUGCGCUGCUCCCGCCUCUGGGCGUUUACAUUCCAAUGCCCAUGCCCGCUCGGUUGGAGGCCCGGCCCUCUUUGCCUUUGUGGUUUCUGCACUCUUUCCAUUUUGCUUGGCCGGUAUGGCUUGGGCCCUUCAUCAAUGGCCCAUCAUUGGCCUGGUAUUCCUUUGUGUCAGGGUCACCGGGCAACAGCGCCCUCCUUUCCCAUGGAUACUGCUCGGAUUGAUUGUAGCCAGUUGGUGCGUUCUCCCCGUGCACGCGGGCUACGAUGCGUCAUCCCUUCAGAAGGCAGGUAUCAAGGUGUGUGCCACUGACAUAAGCAGGCUCCUUCCUACCCCUUGCCGGAGUGAUAAGCACCGUGAUGCCCCUCUCCUGCCGAGCAGUGUCUUCUAUCUGAACUGGGCCAUAGAUCCUGAUUCAGACUCUGACGAUGAAGAUGCCGUUGAAGCUGGGCCCACGUUGCUUGAGCAGAGCAUCCAACACCCGGGCAGUAUGGCACUUUAUGAGGCCGCCAUUCUUCUCGAUGUCCUCGUUGAGCACUUUGCUACCUGUGGCCCCCCGCGAGCUGGUGCCACUGUACAAUUUCGGAUCCAACUAAGUCUCACUGACACCGCAGCCGAGCAAGACUGGCUUGACAAUGACUUGACCAGCAUUGCAUCUUUUCCCGAGGCCGCGCUUAGUUUGCGCAGUGUGCUCCCAGACAUUGUAUAUUGGCAUAGCAUUUGCCGCCCGGGUCAGCCCAUAUGGGUUGACAUCUACACAGACGGGUCCGCCAGUGGCUGUGCCGAACCCCUGGCUUCGGCACCAUGCGGAUGGGCUUUCAAUGUUUGGAUCACCACUGCCGAGGGGUUCUGGCCAUCUGUUGGGCAUUGUGUUGGGUUGAUAGAGUACGGUCCGGCCUUUCAUUGCCCCAUCUGUCUGCAAUAUGAUUGCCUCGCCGCCGGCGAUGGCACCUUUGCACAGUCUGCCCCGGCCCACUUGUCGUCAUUGUCAGAUUAUCCUGUCCUCAGCCACACUGCUGUAGCCUUGCGUCAGGUGGCCGCGCGGCGCGUUGAUCUGCGCCACACUCAUGUGCCCGGACAUAAUGGUGAUCUUGGCAAUGAGCUGAGUGACGCCCUCGCAAAGCGGGCUAGACUUUCGAUCCAGAGCUAUGAGGAGAGGGCACUUCCUCACUGGCCCGCCUGCCUUGUCCUACAUCCUUUGCUCCAAUGGGCGUGGCUUGCUGCAGACCAUGCCGGAGAUUUGCCUGCCCUAUACGCUUUGGAAGGCGAGGCCAAGCGUUUGCAGCGUUUACCACAACCUUCCCGAACGGCCCCUUGUAUGGGUCAGCAGGCCGGCGGCGGCACCUCGUCUUCCCUCUUGCACUACCACCUCUGCGCGGCUACCUACAAUGUCCUGACACUACUGGACAAACCUGUAGGCGCGAAAACAUCUGCUCAGGUAGGUGUAAAGAUGCAUGGCCGACGCCACCUUCUGGUGAGGCAGAUCAAAGCGGCAGGCAUCCUUUUCUUUGGACUACAGGAGACGCGCAUCCAGGAAAUGGCAUCUUUGCCUGAUCGGGAGUACUGGAUGCUCCAUGCCCCGGCCAGUCCGGCCGGACACUUUGGUUGCGCACUGUGGAUCUGUCGCAACCUUCCUUAUGCCACGUGUGGUAACCAGCGGUUCUACAUCGAGCUGGCGCAGUGCACUGUCGCGGCGGUUUCACCUAG